CAUAAGGCGACCUUUACAGUGAUGUCAAGGAGAGAAGGGGUGGUCUGAAAUGUAGGGACAUGCUAAAACCUUCCACCACCAUUCAUCGCUCAUUAUUCAUCGGAUGAACUCUGACCAAGAGUCCUUUGUGAUGACCCUAUGGAUAACUCUCCUCUGACCCUUGACUGAUCAUCUAAGGGUCCCCCCCACCACCGCAUCAUCAUGGGGGACAUAGUCCAGAUGCACUUCAGUACUGUGGAUUAUGUGAUUUUUGUCGUGCUCCUAGUGGCCUCUGCAGGAAUCGGGCUUUACUAUGCCUUCUCAGGGGGUCGCCAGAGGACCACACAGGAGUUCCUGCUGGCUGACCGUAGCAUGCGCUGCCUUCCUGUGUCCCUUUCCCUGCUGGCCACCUUUCAGUCUGCUGUGGCCAUCCUGGGCGCCCCGUCUGAGAUUUACACGCAUGGCACGCAGUACUGGUUCCUCGGCUGCUCUUACUUUCUGGGCUUGCUCAUCCCUGCACACAUAUUCAUUCCGGUUUUCUAUCGGCUACGCCUCAGCAGCGCAUAUCAGUAUCUGGAGCUUCGCUUUAGUAAAAGUGUUCGGAUAUGUGGCACUUUGACCUUCAUCUUUCAGAUGGUGAUUUAUAUGGGAGUGGUUCUGUAUGCCCCAGCGCUUGCACUUAAUGCAGUAACUGGUUUUGACCUUUGGGGGGCAGUGCUGGCUAUGGGAUUGGUGUGCACGCUUUAUACAGCACUGGGUGGUCUGAAAGCAGUAAUCUGGACAGACGUGUUCCAGACAAUCGUGAUGUUUGCUGGGCAGCUGGCUGUGAUUGUAGUGGGUACACACCAGGCAGGUGGAAUCGCAGAAGUAUGGAGGAAAGCACAGAAUGGCAGCCGUAUCUCAGGCCUGGACCUGAACCCUGACCCUUUAGAGAGGCACACAUUCUGGACUCUAGGAUUCGGGGGUGUAUUUCUCAUGCUGGCCCUAUAUGGAGUGAAUCAGGCUCAGGUCCAGAGAUACCUCAGCUCCCGCACAGAGAAAGAGGCAAUUAUGUCUUGCUAUGCGGUGUUUCCAUGCCAACAGAUCGUACUCACAUUGGGCUGUUUAAUGGGUCUGGUUAUGUACGCUCGCUAUGGGGAGGAGAGCCCCCUGGAUCAAGGCUACGUCACAACAAAUGACCAGAUGGUACUGUAUUUUGUGAUGGAUGUGUUGAGAGAUCUGCCUGGUCUGCCAGGACUGUUUGUCGCCUGCCUGUUUAGUGGAGCUCUCAGCACAAUCUCAUCUGCCUUCAACUCCCUGGCAACGGUUACCAUGGAGGACCUGAUUAAACCUCAUGUCCCAGCCAUGACUGAGGCCCGAGCCACCCUGCUCUCUAAACUGUUGGCUCUUGCCUAUGGGCUUGUGUGUCUGGCUAUGGCAUACAUUGCCUCUCUAAUGGGCUCUGUGCUGCAGGCAGCACUCAGUAUUUUUGGGAUGGUGGGGGGCCCACUUCUUGGUCUUUUCUGUCUCGGGAUGUUUUUCCCUUGGGCCAAUUCCACUGGGGCUCUGGUUGGGCUGGCAGCAGGGCUGGUCAUGGCUUUCUGGAUCGGCAUUGGCAGCUUUGUUUCAAGAAUGUCUGCAUCUGUGCCACCGGUAAUAAAUGCCACUGUCAUGCCUGAUGUAGACAACAUUACAACAGCUGUCAUGAGAACACUCAUCACAACUAAAACCAGGCCAUCUGGAGUUCAGGCUUUAUAUUCAUUAUCAUACAUGUGGUACAGUGCUCACAACUCUGCUACUGUUGUGGUGGUGGGACUACUGGUCAGCUUCCUGACUGGGCCCUGGAAGGAGAAGGACUUGAACCCAGGCACAAUUUACCCUGUACUUGGCAAUCUGCUGUUCUUUUUGCCCCAACGCUACAGAGAGAAACUCUGCUGUGUUACUCCACUGGAAGACAAGUCCAAAGGCCUGGAUCAACAGCCUUACCAGAUGGCUCAGAAAGAGAGCAAUGGUGUUGUCUGCUCAAAAGAGGAAGACAAGCUCAGGGAAGAGGAGGGAGAACAGAUAACCGCCCAGCCUAUUUGUAACCUGGCCCAUAUGGUGCAUGAAACAGCCUUGUGAAAGCUCACACCUCAUCACAGAGCACCGUCUUAAAGGGUCACUGUCUCCCAAAGGCUCUAGGAACCAAUAGGAGGAAAACAUCAGUUAAGAUGACAAGGUGGCAUGUAAAUAUUCAACCUCAUUGUUCCAUCCUGUUGAAUUGGGUUUGAUGGCUGUAGAACCCUAAAUCCGUAAUCUGUGGUGUGUAUUGUGACGUCGUAAUACUGCAGAGGGCCCUUUUUAUACACUGUGCCCCAAACAACCAAUAGUGGAGGUAAUAGGGUGUCUUGUUUAAAUGUGGUACUUUAUGAUGUCUUGAAAAAUUUCAUAAUGUUUGAGAUCCUGUGAAAUGAAUUUAAACUUGUUAGGAGCUGAAGUUCCUUGGACGAGCAUACCCAAGCUGUAGUUUAAUCUACACUUUUUGAAACUAGUUUACAUGGCCUAAAUUUAAUCUCAAGAGCACAUGAGUACUCCGUAUUACAACCCCAAUUCCAAAAAAGUUGGGACCUUAUGAAAAAUGCUAAUAAAAACAAAAAGUGAUUUGUAAAUUAUUCACACUUUGCUAAAUUGAAAGCACUACAACUACACAUAUGAUGUUUUACCUUGUGCAUUUCUUAGUUGUUGUUUUUUUAAUGUAAUUUCAAAUCAGAUGAUUGCAACACACCAAAAAAGUUGAGACGGGCAAUUUAAGACUAAUAACAAUUUGACAAGUUAAAAUAAAAAGGCAGUGUGAAACAGGAGAUGUUAAACAGGUGAGGCAAUUGUGUCAUAGUAUAUAAGGAGCCUCCACAUACAACCUAGUCCUUCAAGAGCAAGGAUCAUUCAUGACUUGUCAAUUUGCCAACAGAUGCUUCAAAUAAUCCAGCACUUUGAGAACAAUGUUCCCCAAAGACAAAUUGGAAGGAUUUUGGACAUUUCACCCUCUACAGUGCACAACAUACUUAAAGGAAUAGUUCACCCAAAAAUGAACAUUUGCUGAUAAUUUACUCACCCUCAGGCCAUCCAAGAUGUAUCUGAGUUUCUUUCUUCAAAACAGAAUUUAAGACUUUUAGGAUUUCAUUUCAGGCCUCUAAACAAUGCAAGUGAAUGUCCCUACAUCAUCCCUCUCAUGAGCGCACGUAAGCUUGUUGGUAAGGUCAUGUGUCACGUGGAGGAGGAGGCAGGAAAGCGUGUCAUUGUUUACAACAGAAUCUUGCACCGUUCACAAACCAAAACAGUCAAUCUAUUUCAAAACAAUAUCAAAUAAAAAAUAAUUUCCAAAUAAUAAAAAAAAACAAAAAUAAAAAAAAUGUAAACAAUGAUGCGCUUCCUGACUCCUCCUCCACGUGACGCGUGACCUUACCAAUGAGCUUGCGUCAUCCCUCUCAUGAGCGCAUAGAGAUGUACGGAAGCGAACAUUUGAAGUUAAAAAGUAUAGAAGUAUUGUUUUUUUCUAAAAAUAUUCAAUCGUUUGCGUUCAGAAGAACUUAAUUUGUCAACUGGAGCUGUGUGGAUUAUUUUGAUGCACCCUAAAUAUGCAUUUUGGAUCCGUUUUGGACAAAAAAUGGAGUACAUUCACUUGCAUUGUUUAGAGGAGGCCUGAAAUGGAAUCCUAAAAGUCUUAAAUUCUGUUUAGAUGAAGAAAGAAACUCUGGUUUCUUCGCCUGAAGGUGAAUAAAUGAUCAGCAAAUUUAAAUUUUUGGGUGAACUAUUCCUUUAAAAGAUUCAAGGAAUAUGGUCAAAUCUCGAUGCGUAAAGGGCAAGAAGGAGACCACUUCUGAACGCGCAUGAUCUCUGAUCCCUCAGACAUCACUGUCUUAAAAAACAUCAUCUGUAAUGGAUAUCAUGAACAUGGGCUUGGGAUUAAUUUAGUAAACCUUUUGUUAGUCAACACCAUUCGCCGCUGCAUCCACAGAUGCAAGUUAAGACUACUAUGCAAAGCAGAAGCCCUACAUCAACACUGUCCAGAAGCGCUGCUGACUUCUCUGGGCUUGGUCUCAUCUUAGAUGGAAAGCAGAACAGUGGAACCAUGUUUUUUUGGUCCGAGGAGUCCACAUUUCAUAGUUUUUGAAAAACACAGCCGUUGUGUUUUCCGGGCCAAAGAAGGAAAGGACCAUCCAAGCUGUUAUCAGCGUCGGGUCCAAAAGCCAGUGUCUGUAUGGGUCAGGGGUGUGUCAGUGCCCAUGGCAUGGGUAACUCGCACAUCUGUGAGGGCACCAUUAAUGCAGACAAAUUUGUAGAAAUUUGAGCAGCAUUUACUGCCAUCCAGCACCAUCUUUUCCAGGGAUGCCCCGGAAUUUUCAGCAGGACAACUUCAAACCGCAUACUGGCCGAAUAAGCAGAGAGUGCGGGUGCGAGAUUGGCCUGCCUGCAGUCCUGACCAUUUCCAAUUGAGAAUGUGUGGUGCAUUAUGAAGCGCACAAUGAAGCAACGAAGACCCCGUACAAUUGUGUAGCUGAAGACCUGCGUAAUGGAUGAGUGGGGGGAAAAUUCCACUUAACACUUGUGUCUUCAGUGCCUAAAUGCUUAAGUGUUAUUAGAAGAAAUGGUGAUAUUUCACAGUGGUAAAUACUCGACUGUCGCAGCUUUUUUUUUUUGGAGUGUAUUGCAAUCAUCUGAUUUGUAAUUGUGGUACAUUUUCAACAACAAAAAAAAAACUAUGAAAUUCACAAGGUAAAACAUCAUAUAAUGAUUAGUUGUAGUGCUUUCAAUUUAGCAAAGGGUGACUAUAAUUUACAGAUCACUCCUUUUUUGUUUUUAUUAGCAUUUUUCAUACUGUUCCAACUUUGGGGUUGUAGAUUAUUGCUGGGUCAUUUAUUAGUGGUCGACUGAUGGGUUUUUUAAUGGCGAUUAUUUAGACAGCAGAGUGAACGAUGGCUGGUAUAGUGGCAGUAUAUAUAAUUUAAUAAUAGCAAAUAAGAUGUACACAAAAUUGGUGAAUUUAACACUUAUUUUACUCAAUAUUUUCUCAGUUCACAAAAAAAAGUAUUUGGACAAGAAAAUGUUCUUUAUCCAUUGACAAGUCUGUCAAUGCGGAAUGACCACUUCUGUUAAUUGGCCAGUCAGGCACAGUUAUUGGCCGAUAAUCUCAAAAUGGCCCAAUAUUGUCCAAUUAAUCGGCCUGGCGGCCAUAUUGGUCUGCCACCAUUCAUGAUUUUAAGUGUAUGCACAACUCUAAGAAAGAACUCUGAAAGUCAGGUUUGGGAUGGGUGGUUUGCGUCAAGAUAGACCACAUUUUGCACAAUUCCUCAAACUUUGACAGAGUAGUCGUUCAAUGUCAGUGCCAGUCGGGAUAUGUUUGGAGUUUUCUCUCCCAAAGAUUUUAUUUCAUCCAAAGUUUAUUACAUUAGCCUUUAAUUUUGUUUGCCUUUAAAAGUGCAACAGUUAAUGUGUUUGUCCACGAAACCUAAGCUAAAAGUUUACAGCACAUGAAGAACUGCUAAUAUUUAAAAUGUAAAUGACGUAAACUUUCAGCUUGGCAUUCUUGAAGAGACCAUCUGCAUUGUGAUGGAUGUGAGAGGUUGUGAUGAAUCUAAUGCAUGUUGAUUUUAUAGUUUGCUCUCUCAAAUUGAACUCACUGAACAUUGAAUCUCAUUGUAGCCCAUUGUUCAUAGUAAGUGCCUCCUCAAAUGAAUGUAUGAUGUUUUGUAGUUUUUGUGACCAGAGUGUUGCUAUAGUUUGGCAUUUCUUAGCUUUACCCAAAUGGAACAUAGCCCCACUGGUAAGACAGUUUUUACGCAUAUGAAAGUCACUCUACUGAAUCAGUUCUUCUAUUGAUGCUUUGCAUUUUAAAGCU